AAGAGAAACAGAACACAAGCCAGGCUCUAUCUUUCUCAUCUAUCUUGCUCACUCAGACCUCACAGAAGACCCUUAGCUCUCCCACCCUCACACUCACUUUCAGUGUGAAAACACUUUUUUGCUUUGACAUAAUCUCACCAACUGAGUCUGACCAAAGAGGAUGGCUACAUCCAUGUGGCGAAUGAAUGGACUCUGCAGAAAGAUGACUGGACUUCUUGUGCUCUGCACUCUAUUGCUUAGCAGUGUAGUGAUUUGUCAAGACACAGCAAGUGAUUCACCAGUUACCGCUGCCACAACUGUCCCAAUGGGCAACACUACUCCUUCGCAUAGUGAAAGUGCACCUUCAGAUGUUGGUGAUGUACUCACGACCAGGAUCAUGACCACAAGCACAGAAAAAACUAUUAAUAGCAUCCCAGAAACCAAUGCUGGCACUGAAAAGAAAACCUUAGCUGCUGAAGGCCUAGGCAGGUCCAGCAGUGCUGAAACUCCAAAGUUGGAUGGUAGUGAAACCAAGUCAUCUUCAGAUUCUUCUGUAUUUGUGGGAAUACUUGUCACUGGUCUGCUUGUGGCCAUUGGAAUCACUACUGGUUACUUCUAUUUCCAACGCCGGUCUAACAGCAAGGGAAUGAAGCUGACAGAUAAGGCCUUUCCAGAAGAUCAGGAGAACCAGGGGGGCACUCUUGCUUCUGUGGCCCCUCUCAACCCACCUCCUGAGACCCAGGAGAAACCCAGUGUAAAUGGAGAGUCCCCUGAGGCAGCCAAGACUGAGCCUCCUCCUCCCACCAAUGGCCACUCCACCACCAAGACAGCAGACACUGAGCUGUGAAAUAGUCCAAAAGCAAUUGUAGGCCAGGAACUGCCCAUCUAUACACACAGACACACGUCUUAUGCAAACACACCUCCUUUUCCACUCCUGCCCAAUCACACAGAGACCACAGAAAAGUGGACUUUAGGGACCAUAGCAAUCCCUAACGUAAACAUUCCUGUUGUUAUAUGGUCCUCUCACCUGCUCUUUUAGCUAUGCGCCUCAACAAACAUCAGGAAAACUAGUCUGAUGAUUACAAUAAUGGCAGAGAUGAAUGAUGCCAAUGAUGACGAAGGCUCAGUUCCUGAGUUUUUGACGGCAGUCAGGAUGGAGAUGAAAAACAGAAGAUGGUCAGUUCUGGGUGUGAAGAGAAGUCAUGUUAGUAUUAAUCACUGCUUGCUACUAUGAUGACUGCAGCCUCUGGAGUCACAGCAAUGCGCUGUCCAAUUCAGUAGAGCCUCCGCAUGUCAUUUGGUUUAAUGCUCCAGGCAUACCUCCAACUGAAAACACAGCUAGAGCACAUAAAUAACAUGGUUCCUUACAUUAAUAUAAGCCAUAACAGACAGACAGGAAAUAGCUCACCUGGCCUUGAAAUCUGUUUACAAGAACACGUUGGACUCUUGUGUGUCUGAUUGAGUAGGUGGGUGAAUGUGUGUGCGUGUGUGUGUGUGUGCGUGCUAUGACAUUCUGCAUGAGUGUAUUAACAUGCAUCUGUACUGUGCAUUGACUGUAUAUAUCCAUACAUGUAUCUAAGCUUUCCUUGUUGAUUGUACUGUAUGUACAUAUGUGUGCUUCAUGAUAAGUGGGUACUUUUGAUCAGGCGUUUGAGUGAAUGAUAAAUCUGAAUGUGCAUGUGACAUCAGCCAUGAAAAAUGUACAAUUUUGUAAAAUGAGCUGACAAAGUGAUGGCUCACCAAGUUGUAGUCAGUCCCCAUGGGUGGAGCACAACCAGUACUGACCAUGGCAUUAAUUACAAAGCCAAAAGGCCUCUUUACUGACUGUUUAACUGACAAUCUCACAGAGACUUUAGACACAGAGCCUCCUUAUGUCAGCUAUGUCCUUCCAUUUGUCAGUAUUAUUCUCUGUCCAGUACUGUAUAUACUUGUGUUUAUUCUGUGUAUCUAUACUUGUAAUGCUCAUUCUAUGGGUCAAGAUUUUUAUUUCAAAGCUUAUGUUGUGUUUAGGUAUAUACCUUUCCCACCAUCAUGAUAUUUUAUCUGGGUCACAUAACAUACAUAAAUGAAUUUAGAAGCAGAGACUUACAGUCAUAGCCCCUGAAUCAAUUUCAGCAUCUAAUGACCCAAAUAUGAUUUUUUUUUUUUUUUUUCCAGUAAAAAUACAGGAAACACCAGUUUUCCUGGACAUGCCUGUCUAAACACAAAAUGGAACUGUAGUAAUUUUCUGAUAACAAAAACAAAAAAAUACUACUACUACUACUACUACUACUACUAAUAAUAAUAAUAAUAAAUCUGAUACACAACCGGGAUAUCUCACAUUAAUCUUUCUUUUGAUCCAUCUUGUAUUUUACCAUUACCACCAAUAUUCCAGUGUGACUGUUUAAUUUCACUAGCACCCUGUACUUAAAAUUGGAUUUAG